AUGGCUCACUGUGCAAAACCAGAAAAGUUCUUUCCAGUUUUAAAGAAUGUAGCACUUCAACCGGGAGCUCUGAAAGAUAAGGUUGCGCUUGUCACCGGAGGAGGAACUGGAUUGGGAAAAGCCAUUGCAACAACUUUUGCUCAUCUCGGAGCGAAAGUUGCCAUUGCAGCUCGGCGUAUAGAUGUUCUGGAGAAAUCUGCCGCAGAGAUUCGUAACCUCACCGGUGGAAUUUGUGAGCCAUUCCAACUUGAUGUCAAGGAUCCAGCAAAGGUUGCAAAAGCGUUCGAUGACGUCACAGCAAAAUUCAACUCAACCCCAGAUAUUCUUAUAAAUAAUGCUGCUGGAAAUUUCAUAAUGGCUACCGAGCGAUUGUCUCCAAACGCUUAUGGCACCAUCAUUGACAUCGUUUUGAAGGGUACAUUAAAUGUGACUACGGAAUUAGGACGCAGAUGCAUCAAGGAAGGAAAGGGUGCUUCUGUGUUGAGUAUUUCCACUCCAUACGCGAGACAUGGCGCCCCAUUUGUUGUCCCUUCGGCUGUUUCCAAGAGCGGUGUUGAAGUGAUGACCAAGUCAUUGGCUUCAGAAUGGGCUAAAUACGGACUUAGAUUCAACGCAGUCGCGCCAGGACCGAUUCCGACUGAAGGCGCUUUUGGAAGAUUGUCUGUUGCUGGUGUUGGAGAUGCUGUUGAGCUGACAAAACAAUCUGUUCCUUGUGGAAGAGCAGGAUCACCAGAAGAGCUCGCGAAUCUUGUUGCCUUCAUGUCUUCGGAUUUUAUGUCAUGGAUGAAUGGAGCUAUUGUCGAUUUUGAUGGAGGCCAACAGCACAUGAACCAUGGAUCGAGCAUGGGCAGUUUCUUGCACGAUUGGGACCACAAAAUGUGGGAGGAGGCCGAAAAUGUGAUUCGCGGAAGAACCGGAAAAUCAAAAUCAAAAAUUUAA